AUGUCACGCUCCCGGGGCCUUGCCAUCCUCCAGAAGACCUACGACGACAGCUAUUUGAAAUGCUCCACUGCUGUAUACUAUGAAAGCCAGGGUGACGAGACCGAGGCGAUGCGAUGCUGGAGGAAUGCCCUCGAACAACUCAACGACCAACGCAUCACCAAGCUGCUACCCAAUUACGUCUCUGGAACCGAAACAGAAGACGCGUUGAUAGACUCUUUGCGCAAGCUCGAAGUGCAGUGCAAGGAGCGCAUUGACCUGCUUGAAGCGUUACGAAUAUCCCGACAGGACGCCUUGACUCCUCAGCCCUCCAAUUCACCUGGCCCAAACCGCUCGACCUCCCCUGAACCAUACACCAUGUCGACUUCAGAACGAGGCUAUAUUGGCCAGGGUACUAUUCCAGCUAUAAGAUAUCCCGAUCUCUCACGGCCUGCGUUGCCCAAAAGACCUUCAUUACCGUACAGAACUUCAUCCGAGCAGGCUGUAGUCGGUCGCGACCAAAGCCCCGUGGCUUCUCACUUCGUUGGCCCGUCGAACUCUCCCCGGAUAGCCCCCAAGAAAGAGUUGACCAUGAGGUCCCCGAGCCCUGAAAAAUACACAAUGCGGACGACGUUACGGACUGGGAAGACGGCAGAGAAAGCUGCAAAGUCAAGUCGCAAAUUGUUGAAGACCGAAGGACCUGGCGCCAGCAAAGCCGCGACUCUUGCAUGGACUGCUCUGGGCUCCAGAGAAAGACCGGCCAGAGCGUCUCCGGGAGUGCCAGAGAUCUCAUCGUCCGCACCUGCAACGCCUGCCGAGCAGUCCCGCAAGCCGCCCUUAUCUGGCAUGCAGUGGGAUGUACAUACCCGAAGGCUCGUAACGCCUAGAGAAGCUCUUCCGCCUUUCUCGGACGCAACUGGUAGCGCAAGAACCUCUGAAGAGUUUUCUCACAUGCGCCCAUCAGCUUUAUCUGUCAGUGCGGCAUCUAGUGCCCUGAAUGCCGUCUCUUAUCAAGAUGCUCCAACGGUUGAACUUGGCACACCGAGACAAGAGCGGACAUCUCAUUCAAGAGACCAAACCUCCUCAAUAAUCUCGCGAUUCAAGAUGUCACCUUACGAACAGCCGCCGCCCCUUGACGCUGACGAGUUAGAGUUACGACACAAGACUACGCCAGAUGCGACCAGAAUACGAAGGAAGCCUGUCGGGGACACGCCCACUCGACCCAGUAACAAUCUCACGAGCGGAUCAGAACAGGACAAAGUCGAUCGGUCUCGUCGUGAAGUCCAACGGUCGAGGAGACGUUCUUCUUCGAGUUGCUCGGACAAGCUGGAAAAUAGUCCCAAAGUAUCUGACAAGAAGAGAAAGGGCAAGAGGAAGGAAAACGCAAUCACGGCUGACGCUGAAGCACCAUCUUCUGAAGCAUCUGCCGAUGAUGGAAUCGAGGGUUCCUCUCUCAAAGCGGCCUGGAAGGCAACAAAAAAGAAGAUCAUGAAUAAUCUGCCGACCGGUGUAGACGAAGCAGCGGCAAAGCAAAUCCUCAACGAGAUUAUUGUCCAAGGUGAUGAGGUCCGUUGGAGUGAUGUUGCAGGCCUGGAAAUAGCCAAGAACGCUCUCAGGGAAAACGUGGUCUACCCGUUCCUACGACCCGACUUAUUCAUGGGACUGCGGGAGCCUGCAAGAGGAAUGCUCCUUUUUGGACCGCCAGGCACGGGCAAGACCAUGCUGGCGCGUGCCGUAGCAACAGAAUCGCGAUCAACAUUCUUCUCAAUUUCAGCAAGCAGCUUGACCAGCAAAUACUUGGGCGAAUCAGAGAAGCUUGUCCGAGCGUUAUUCUCCCUGGCGAAGACUCUAGCUCCAAGUAUCAUCUUCGUUGACGAAAUUGACUCUUUACUUUCUCAGAGGUCCGGGUCAGGGGAGCACGAGGCGACAAGGAGAAUCAAGACGGAGUUUCUCAUACAAUGGAGCGACUUACAGCGAGCUGCCGCUGGUCGGGCCGUUGACGAAAGGGACAAGAACAGGGGAGAUGCAAACAGAGUGCUCGUCUUAGCAGCAACCAAUCUCCCUUGGGCCAUUGACGAGGCCGCACGCCGCAGGUUUGUGAGGCGUCAAUACAUACCGCUGCCCGAGUCUGAGACUCGCUCCACUCAGUUCCGAACCCUCCUAGGACAGCAAAAGCACAUUUUAUCUGAUGCGGACAUUGAAAAGCUCGUUCUCCUUACAGAUGGGUUCUCGGGUUCCGAUAUUACGGCGUUAGCUAAAGAUGCGGCCAUGGGUCCGCUCCGUUCUCUCGGCGAAGCUCUCUUGCACAUGACCAUGGACGAAAUUCGACCGAUUUCGUUGGCAGACUUUGAGGCAAGUCAGACCACUAUUCGGCCUAGUGUGAGUAAGGCGGGCUUGAAAGAAUACGAGGAUUGGGCCAGGGAGUUCGGCGAGCGAGGUGGGUGA